AUGAGAUUCGUGCGCAAGCAAACACGUCGUAUAAGGACCUUAUGGCUUCGGUUCCUCCCCCGACAAUUCCGGCGGUGGAAGCACCACAGCCAGUUGGUAUUUGUGUGCCUUAGUAUAACCAUAACGUUAAAUACCCUUUAUGGAUUUUAUCCCGGACUCUUUUCUCUAAAACGUAGAAAGUUUGUAUUUUCUAAAGUGAUUGCGGCUUACUGUUUCGCAGUGGCCUCGAUAUUUUUAUUGUUUUAUAUUUGGCACAUCUAUAAGGAAGUGUCGGAGGGAUAUAUAAGCCUACGCCAUACUAUAGAAACGUAUUGCUACAUGAAUGUCGCCGUUUGCCUCAUAAACUUCAUCACCCAGUGGCCGAUAAUAAAGCCAGUUCUACAAUUCCAAAAUAGUGUACCUCUCUUUGAGGUCCUUAAUUCCUUUGACAUUCCCAUGAUGUUAGUGUGGAGGGCCUUUAUCUACGCUGUCCUCAAAAUUCUCGUUUGUCCGCUGGUCGAGUAUAUAACCCUGAUUCUCUACCAAAGACGGGCCCAACCGGACCUUAGUUGGACCAGUUUUGCAAAUAUCAGGACGAUGCUGCCACUGAUAGUUUCCAAUCAGAUAAACAACUGCUUCUUUGGAGGUCUGGUAAUAGCCAACUCAAUAGUGGCAGCGAUUAAUAAAAAGUUACUCAGCAUAGUCAAGGAGGCCAAUAUGCUGCAAACUCCUGGCCAAAUGAAUCUGCAGAAACCCUAUUAUCGAAUGCGUCGCUUCUGCGACUUGGCCGAUGAAUUGGAUGAACUGGCGAAGAAAUAUGGCCUGACUGCCUGGUACUCCAAGGAAUAUUUGCGGUUCACAGACUGGUCUAUGAUCCUGUCCAUGUUGUCAAUGAACCUAAUUGGUAUUACGCUGGGCUUGUACAAUCAGUAUCUGACCAUUGCUGAUUACUAUAUUAACGAGGAGUCCUUCGAUCUCUUUCUGGCCAUUGAUCAGUUGGUGUUUUUAACAGUUCCCUUCAUGGAAAUUUUCAUGGUUGCCAGAAUAAGCAAUCAAAUGUUGCAGGAGACCAGGAGAACCGGAGAUCUCUUGCAACGCUUUGAUCUGCAGCACGCGGAUAUCCGAUUUAAACAAGUCGUUAAUGCCUUCUGGCUACAGGUCUCCACGAUUGACUACAAAUUGAUGCCUCUGGGUCUCUUAGAGCUAAAUACAUCCUUGGUUAAUACAGUUUUUUCAGCCGUCAUUGGAUACUUGUUGAUUCUUAUUCAGAGUGACUUGACACUCCGAUUUUCACUUAAAUAA